AUGGUUAUCACUACUACUACUACUACUACUACUACUACUACUACUACUACUACUACUACUACUACUACUACUACUACUACUACUACUACUACUACUACUACUACUACUACUACUACUACUACUACUACUACUACUACUACUACUACUACUACUACUACUACUACUACUACUACUACUACUACUACUACUACUACUACUACUACUACUACUACUACUACUACUACUACUACUACUACUACUACUACUACUACUACUACUACUACUACUACUACUACUACUACUACUACUACUACUACUACUACUACUACUACUACUACUACUACUACUACUACUACUACUACUACUACUACUACUACUACUACUACUACUACUACUACUACUACUACUACUACUACUACUACUACUACUACUACUACUACUACUACUACUACUACUACUACUACUACUACUACUACUACUACUACUACUACUACUACUACUACUACUACUACUACUACUACUACUACUACUACUACUACUACUACUACUACUACUACUACUACUACUACUACUACUACUACUACUACUACUACUACUACUACUACUACUACUACUACUACUACUACUACUACUACUACUACUACUACUACUACUACUACUACUACUACUACUACUACUACUACUACUACUACUACUACUACUACUACUACUACUACUACUACUACUACUACUACUACUACUACUACUACUACUACUACUACUACUACUACUACUACUACUACUACUACUACUACUACUACUACUACUACUACUACUACUACUACUACUACUACUACUACUACUACUACUACUACUACUACUACUACUACUACUACUACUACUACUACUACUACUACUACUACUACUACUACUACUACUACUACUACUACUACUACUACUACUACUACUACUACUACUACUACUACUACUAUACUACUACUACUACUACUACUACUACUACUACUACUACUACUACUACUACUACUACUACUACUACUACUACUACUACUACUACUACUACUACUACUACUACUACUACUACUACUACUACUACUACUACUACUACUACUACUACUACUACUACUACUACUACUACUACUACUACUACUACUACUACUACUACUACUACUACUACUACUACUACUACUACUACUACUACUACUACUACUACUACUACUACUACUACUACUACCAUACUAUGCCCGUGACCGAUCUCUUGUAAAUAUUCAGUUGUGCAGUGACCUCUCUCCGAUUUGA